UUCUCCCCCCACUGUGUGUCCCCCUGGAAGCCACCAGGAGCUGUCCCCAAGCUGCGUGUCCCGGGGUGCUGGUCCCUGCUCCCAGCUCUGGCUGGCAGUGCCAGGGGCUGGGAGGGCAGGCGAGACUCGGGGCUGUUUAACCAUUAAACCUGGGGCGUCUUGGGAGAGGCGGGGACACUUCCCUGCCACUUCACCCUGUACCUUGCUCCCUCUGGCAAUCCCUGCAGCCAUGAAGCAAACAAAAGGGCUCGAGGGAGACAAGAUGUCCAUCAUAAAAUUUGAAUUUAACCCCAAAGUUGGGAUCGACAACCCAGCCUUGACACUGACUGAGGACACGGAUGGUGAGGGCGUGGGGGAGCCCCGCUUCUACCUGCUGACCAAGGAGAGCACAGAGACCUUCGGCUUCUGCCUGCACGAGGAGCUGGGCUGCCAGGGCCACGUCAUCCGGCAGAUUGAGCUGGGGGGGGUGGCCCAGCGCAGGGGGCUGCAGGACGGGGACCGCCUGCUCCAGGUCAAUGGCCACUUCGUAGACCACAUGGACCACCUCAGGGUGGUGCAGAAGAUCAAGGCCAGCGGGAACCAGGUCCUGCUGGCGGUGCUGGACGGUGACUCCUACGAGGCAGCCAAAUCCCUGGGCAGGGACCUGUCCCAGAUGCUGCCGGACGACAUCCGCCCGCGCCUCUGCCACGUCACCAGGGACAAAAGCGGCUUUGGCUUCAGCGUGUCGUGUCCAGAAGGCACCAAGGGCACCUUCCAGCUGUCGGUGCUGCAGGACGGGCCAGCGGACAGAGCAGGGGUGCCGCCAGGCUGCUGGCUGCUGGAGCUGAACGGGGACAGCGUCAAGAGCUACUCCCACACACAGCUCACCAGAAAGCUCAAGCAGAGCGGCAGCAAGGUGACGCUGCUGGUGGCAUCCAGCGCCGUGGAGGAGUUCUACCGCCUGCGGGGCCUGCGGGUCACGGCUGCCUUGGCAGACGCCUCCAGGCUCCCCUUCAAGGUCCGGGAGCUGCACCUGGUGAAGGGUCCCGCUGGCUACGGCUUCCUGCUCAAGGAGGAUGACUGCAGCUCGGGAGGAGUAGGCCAGUUCCUGUGGGAGGUGGACGAGGGGCUGCCAGCUGAGCAGGCAGGGAUGAAGGAAGGGGACCGUGUGCUGGCUGUGAACGGGGAGAGCAUCGAGGGGCUGGACCACGAGCAGACCGUGCACAGGAUCCGCGCCCGCGAGGACCAGGUGACGCUGCUGGUCAUCGACCCCGCUGGGGAUGAGUUCUACCACUCGAUCGGGCUGUCCCCCCUGCAGUUCUUUGAGGACGGUGACGCCGCCUCAGGCUCCUGCACGCCCUCCUUGCCCUCUCGAAGUGGCUCUCCUGUGCCCUGUGACGUUGAGGUGGGACCCAAGGGACCUGUGUCCUGGCUGAUGGCUGCUGCCAACAGUAUAGAGAUCAUACAGAGCCAGCGCCAGGAGGAGCACACAAAGCUGUGCCAGGCAUUCUAGCAGCCCAGGAGAGGCUCUCCCACACAGCACCUCCACCCAGGCCACGUCCAGCCCCUCGGGCCUCAGCACUGCUCAGCAUGGACCCUGCACACGCAGCUCCCGUGUCUCUGUGCCUGGCUCACAGCAUGGCACUCCCAGGGACUCGUCUCUGCUCACCCAGGCUGGCUCAGAGCUUUUAUCAAGCACAGUGGCAGCUCCUCGUAACCUGACCGCAGACCUGUGUCUUUGCCUGCCCAGCUACCUCCAGGGAUUCCUCAGGACAUUGCACUGAAGCCCUUGCCCAGCUCCAGCCUCUGGGAGCUCCCAGGAGAGCUGAGGCGCUGCCCUCUGCACCACGACCCAGGGGAUUUGAGGGUUGGCUCAGAUCUGCACGUGCAUGGACAUCUCUCCUGUGCUGCUCCUCUCACCCUCUCCCUGAACCUGUGGGCAGUGGGUGUCCCCCACCCAGCACCACCCUGCUCCUGCACCACCCUUUCAGGGUGUGAUUAAAGGACAAAUCCACGCU